AUGGAAUACCAAAUUAUAGUUUAUUUAUCCAAGUUCUUUACGUUUACUGGCCUUGCUGACGAUGAAGAAAAGGUAGCUAGAGGACCAUCCGCCCCAGUUAUGUGUGAGGGAGAGUUUGAGUCCAUGAAAGCCAUCAACGAAGUCUCACCAAGCCUUGCACCAAAACCAUGGGCCCGUGGGAAAUAUAAAAACGAAGACAGUUACUUCAUGCUUACAGAUUUCCGAGAUGUCGGGAAGCAGCCUCCAGAUCCCGUCAAGUUCACUGCAAGACUGGCUGACAUGCACAUGAGGUCGGUUUCUCCGACGGGCAAAUUUGGUUUCCAUACCACUACCUGUCAUGGCACCAUAACUCAAGUCACCGAUAUAUGGGAAGAGUCAUGGGCAGUGCUUUAUCGCAAACAGCUGGCGCAUAUGUUUGCCAUGGACUUAGAAAAGCAUGGAUCGUGGCCCGAGUUUGAGCAGCUGUGUGACCUCAUCUUGGAAAAAGUUAUCCCCAGGCUUUUGGAGCCUCUUCAAAGUGAAGGGAGAAGUAUCAAACCAUGUCUUCUUCAUGGAGAUUGCUGGGAUGAGAAUACCGCAACAGACAUGAAAACUACAGAACCGUUCAUUUUCGACGCGGGCUCUUUCUACGGACACAACGAAUAUGACACCGGGAACUGGAGGGCCCCUAGACAUCGUUUGAGCGGUAAACUAUACGUGAAGAAUUACAAGCGUAAUUUCUUUCCUUCGGAGCCGAAGGAGGAUUGGGACGGUAGAAACCUUCUCUACUCGCUGCGAUUUAAUAUUGGAACAUCCAUUCUCAUUCCCGGCUGCAACCAGCGGGAAAUUGUUUUUGAGGAUAUGAAAGAACUGUGCCGUAGAUACUGUCCCGAAGACAGCCCUACUCUCAUUCAACGGGCACGAAACCCUGGAGGUACCGAGGAGGAAGAGGAAGAAGAAGAGGAGGAGGAGGAGGAGGAGGAGGAGGAGGAGGAGGAGGAGGAGGAAAGGAGAAGAGGAGAAAGGAAGGAAGCUGAAGACGAAGAAGAAGAAAUAGAGGAGGAGGAGGAGGAAGAGGAAGAAGAGGAGAAAGAGAAGUCAGCAAAACAUUGA